AUGGCAGACUCUGUAGAUCGAGUCUUCGGCCAUGCCCUCAAUACCGUCAACAAGAUCCGACCUGGGAGUACGAAGCCACCUUCGGCCGACCGUCUUGCAUUAUAUGGUCUGUACAAACAGUCCAUGGAAGGCGAUGUCAAUCUUUUAUCCAACCGACCGACACAAUCGUCACCGGCCUACGUCCGUAUAAGUGCAGAAGCCCUUGUUAAAGAGCAAGAGAAAUGGGAUGCCUGGAAAAGCAACGAAGGACUUAGCAGAACCGAGGCAAAGAGGAGAUAUAUUGAGAAACUCAUAAGUACUAUGCAUGAAUACGCUUCUGGAACGGACGAGGCACGGCAGCUCGUCGAAGAGCUGGAAUUUGUCUGGGAUCAGAUCAAGAAUAACAGCCAAUCGUCGGGCGAUAGCGAAAGGAGUAGUCCUUUACAGGCUUUGGAGAGGAGUGGCUAUAUCAGCAGCUCAGGCAAUGGUGGUGGUGCAAACUCUGCUGUGGCGGCGCUAGAAGGUCGAGGGGUCGAUGACAGCGGACGACAAGGACGACUCAGAAUACUCAGCCCUGUUUCUCAAGCUGACGAGGAAGAGGAGGCCAUGGAGGAGCAAGAAGAGUUCGUAGAUGCUCGGGUGAGCCAAGUCGAUGGUGGAGACCUAGGUGGUCUAACGGAUCCUAGCGGCGAUGGUGGACGGGCGGGUACUGGCAAUUACGCCGUCAUUGCUGCACCAGACGUCACGCGAUGGCGGAAACGUAUAGAAUCGUCUCUGAUCAAACUUACGACCGAGGUUGCAGCCCUGCGCGAGCAGCUAGAGACAAGACGAUAUUUUGCCCAGCAAAGGAAGUACAGCUUGACGGGCUGGGUCUUCCGACUUAGCUGGUGGGCUUUGCAGCUGUUUGUGGCAGAUGGUGUCAUCCUAUGGAUCGUGAUCUUGUAUAUGCGACGCAAGAAGGAUAGAAGACUCGAGAUGGCAAUACGAGUAUUACUUGGAGAUGCUGUGGCACAGGUGCAGAAGGUCGGUAGAGAGGUGAAGAUGCCCACCCUGCCAAAGCUAUCUGGACGGAAGGCUGGAUAA